CUCUAUAUUAACUCUUUGUUUGUAUCUCUUUCAACCCCACUACCCCUCAAAGGUAGUAGAGUAGGGGGUUUACCAGCAUCACCAACAAGGUAGCCAGCCAGCCAACCAGUGUUAGAAAAGAAAGACAUAAUGAGAGUAGAAAUAAAAACAAAAGGUGGUAGAUGCAUGAGUAACAACAACAACUACUUCUACAAACACAAUCUCCACCUCUUUCUCUCUCUUUUUCUACCACACCCUCUUUACAAUCUCCUUUCUCAACCCUUUUCAACUUGAAAAAAAUCCCUUCUUUUUUUCACCUAAAUCCCCAUUUCAAGAUUCUUGAUUUUCAACCACUUUUCCUCUUCUUCUUGUAGUUUUAAGGCAUAAUUUGGUGAGCUAUGGUGAGCAUCCGAAGGCGCAAGCUGUUAGGACUUUGCUCUGGACGAAGUGCCUUCUUGGUUCCACUGCCAAAGUUCUCUGGGAAUGGGCACUUUGCCGAACAUCGUUUCUUCAACAACAGACCCACUAGUGUACAUCCAAUGCCAUCAACUGAUAUUGAUGAGUCAAAAGAGAAAAUUGCUAUAAAGGUUGUUCCUGGAUCAUCGAAUAGUCAUGCCUCUGGCUCCUUGAUGGAGCAGACCGCUCAACAAUUUCCAGAAGUUAAACGCAGAAAGCGACACAGGAGAAAGCACUUUGAAAACCAAGAACCAUGUCUCAUGAGAGGUGUCUACUUUAAAAAUAUGAAAUGGCAAGCUGCAAUAAAAGUUGAUAAAAAACAAAUCCACUUGGGUACAGUUGGCACUCAAGAAGAAGCUGCUAGACUAUAUGACAGGGCUGCUUUUAUGUGUGGGAGGGAACCAAAUUUUGAGCUUUCCGAGGAAGAGAAGCAGGAACUAAGACAAUUCAAAUGGGACGACUUUUUGGCAUUUACACGCUCUGCGAUUACUAAUAAGAAAACUCGAAGAAGAAGUGGGGCUGGUGCACGGAGGAAAUCCGAGCCUUUAACUUCAGCACUGAACAGUGAGGAGGAUGAGGAAGAGGAGGGAGGGGAGCCGGAAAGCAACAGUUUUUCAGCGUCUGAAGAUAUAGAUCACGACAUAUUGUUCUCUUGAUCCCCUCUUCUCCCCUCCAUUUUGUGCAUGCCGAAAAAAAUAGUUCUACUGAUUCUGUUAAGCUGUUCAGCCACGUAUUUACAACUCGAUGGUAUUCGUAUAGUUUACACAAAUAUAGAUGCCCCUAUUAGGGUGGAUGAUGAUACAUUAUCUUUCUAUUGGCAAAGUUAAUUGAAUUUGAUAACAAGUAUGUUAUUGUGCAUGCCUCAAGACCUAUUGUCAUGCUUGAUGACCUUUGACAUAUGAAAGUGACUUUGAUCAGCA